AUGGCGGGCGGCGGCGCCGAGGCGCGGUACUCGCGGCAGCUGUGCGUGCGGGGACGGGGAGCGGGGGGCGGGAGCAGGGGCAGCGGCGGUGCGGGGAAGGCCCGGGCCGCGCUGACGGGCGCUGCCCGCAGGUACGUGCUAGGCGGCGGCGCGCAGCGGCUGUCCGGGGCGGCCGCGCUGGUGUCGGGGCUGCGGGCGGCGGGGGCACAGGCGGCGGCGGCCUUGGCGCUGGCGGGGACCGGGCGGCUCGUCCUGCACGACACCGGCACCGUCUGCACCGCCGACCUCGGGCACCAGUUCCUCCUGAGGGAGAGCGAUGUCGGCCAGAGCCGUGCCAAGGCAUCCCAGCGGGCCCUGGCCGAGCUGAACCCCUGUGUGGUGGUGGCUGCUCACACCGGGGAGCUGUCAGAGACCUUCCUCACCUCCUUCCACGUGGUGGUGCUGACCGAGUCCCCGCUGGAGGAGCAGCUCCGCGUUGGGGAUUUCUGCCAUGACCAAGGCAUCUGCUUCAUCGUGGCUGAUGCCAAGGGGCUGGCAGGGCAACUGUUCUGCGACUUUGGGGAGCACUUUGUCGUUGAAGACCCAGCAGAAGGGGACCCAGUGUGUGCUGUGGUGCAGGACAUCUCUCAGGGCAACCCAGGCGUGGUGACAUACAUAGGUGUCGAGGACAGCCGCGGCCACCUCUUCUGCGAUGGUGACCUGGUGACAUUUUCUGGCGUGGAGGGGAUGACGGAGCUGAAUGGCCAGGAGCCCAUCCCUGUGCGCCCUCUGGAUGCCUUUAGGCUGGAGAUCGGCGACACCAGCUCCUUCUCGCCCUACCACCGUGGAGGCCUGGUGUCGCAGGUGCGGCAGCCCGAGCUGCACUCCUAUGAGCGCCUGCGCCAGGCCCUGGCAGCGCCCAAGAUCCAGGUGGCAAGUCCCGAGGAGCUGCCGCACAGUCGCAGCCUGCACGCCGCCUUCCAGGCCCUGCACGCCUUCCGUGGGGAGCAGGGCCGCCUGCCCCGGCCCAGGGCCCAGGCGGACACCGAGCGGGUGCUGGAGCUGGCGCGGAGCCUGCAGGAUCCCCUGGACGAGCGCGUCGUGCGAGCCUUCGCCAGCGUGUGCGCGGGAGACCUGUGCCCCGUGGCUGCCGUGGUCGGGGCCCUGGCGGCACAGGAGGCACUGAAGGCCAUCACUGGGAAGUUCCAGCCCCUGAACCAGUGGUUGUACUUCGAUGCCCUGGAGUGCCUGGCGCUGGAGGGGGCGGCGUGGCUGACAGAACAGGACUGUGCCCCGAGGGGCUCUCGUUACGAUGGCCAGAUCGCCGUCUUUGGGGCUGCCUUCCAGGAGCAGCUGGGCAGGCAGAAGUACUUGGUGGUGGGAGCCGGUGCCAUUGGCUGUGAGCUGCUGAAAAACUUUGCCAUGAUGGGGCUGGCGGCGGGGUCAGAUGGGGAGCUCACCGUCACCGACAUGGACACCAUCGCCCUCUCCAACCUCCAUCGGCAGCUGCUCUACCGCUCGGCAGACAUAUCGAAGCCGAAGUCGGUGGUGGCCGCGGCAGCUGUGCGGCGCAUGAACCCCGAUGUCCGGGUGACAGCUCACCAGAACCAGGUGGGACCUGCCACCGAGUCACUCUAUGGGGACGACUUCUUCCGGCGCCUGGACGGUGUCGUCAGUGCCCUGGACACGCUGGAGGCCCGUGCCUACUUGGAAAGCCGCUGCAAACGCUGCCUCACACCACUGCUGGACUCGGGCACAGAGGGGCCCCGGGGGAACGUGCUGGCCAUGGUGCCUUCCCUGACCAAGCCGCUGGGGCCGGCCGGUGUCCCCGCAGACAGCACCUUCCCGCUCUGCACGCUGCGGUACUUCCCCCGCACUGUGCAGCACACGCUGCAGUGGGCCCGCGAUGAGUUCGAGGGGCUCUUCCAGCUGCCUGCAGAGCAUGUCAACCGGUUCAUGGAAGACCCGGCUUUCCUGGAGCAGCUGCAGGCAGGGAAGGCCCUGGAGGUCCUGGAGCAAGUGCGGGGAAGCCUGCAGGAGCGGCCACGCAACUGGCAGGACUGUGUGUGCUGGGCCCGGCGGCACUGGCAGAGCCGCUACCACGAUGCCAUCACCCAGCUGCUGCAAACCUUCCCCCCAGAGCACGAGACCAGCCCGGGUGUCCCCUUCUGGGCAGGGGACAGGAGCUGUCCCCAUCCGCUGUCGUUUGACCCGGACAAUGACACCCACCUGGAGUAUGUCCUGGCUGCUUCCCACCUCUUUGCCCAAGUGCACAAGGUGCCACCGUGCAGGGACCGGGUGGCUGCCCAGACCAUCCUCCGCAGCAUCUCCCCACCACCCUUCGUGCCCAAGGAGGGGCUUCAGAUCCCCCUCACAGAGGAGCAGGACGAGGCACAGCCAUCUGCAGACCACGGGCGGCUGGUGGAGCUCACCCAGGACCUGGCGCAGCGGAGACAGGAGCUGGUGGGGGGCGAGGAGGUGCCAGUGCCCCUGAUGGAGCCCAUCCACUUCGAGAAGGACAACGACAUCCACGUGGACUUCAUCACGGCAGCAUCCAACCUGCGAGCAGAGAACUACGGCAUCCCCCCUGCUGACUGGCUGACGAGCAAGCGGAUCGCCGGGCGGAUCGUGCCCGCCAUCAUCACCACCACGGCAGCCGUGGCCGGGCUGGCGUGCCUGGAGGUCUACAAGCUGGUUUGGAAAUGCCGGGACCUCAGCUGCUACCGCAACAGCAACCUCAGGCUGUCCGACUGCAGGCUGCUCCGCAUCCAGCCCCUGCCACCCACCACGUACCGGUACGGUGGGCAGGAGUGGAGCUGCUGGGACCGGCUGGAGAUGCAGGCAGUCAGCACAGAUGGUCAGGAGGUGACAGUGCAGGAGGUGCUGGACUGGCUGCAGAAGACACACGGCUGGACUGUGACCAUGCUCCUGCGUGGCAACACUGUCAUCUAUGACGGGGAGACAGAUGAAGAGACACGGGCCUGGCAGCGGGCACAGAAGUUACGGGAGAACCUGGGGGCUGCCGGGGAGCCGCGGCAGCAGGAGCUGGAGCUGCUCUAUGUGCGCGAGGGAGAGGACGCUGAGGCUGAAGACACCUGUCCCCCUCUCAUCUGCAUCUUCCCCUGACUGAGGGCCUGGCACCCCACAACCCAUGCAAUAAAAGCCACUGGAUGCAUUGGUGCUC